AUGUUAAUUAAAUGCGUCAAACACAGAGGCCGGCAGUUUGAGAGCAAGCUCUUCAAAACCCUGAGUGCUAUCCUUGGAGCUGAGCACCGGCCCACCACAGCAUACCAUCCUGCCUGCAAUGGACUCGUGGAGCGUCUUCACCGCCAGCUGAAAGCGUCCAUCAAAUGUCAUGCAACUUCAAACUGGACCGAGGUUCUUCCCUUGGUGCUGUUGGGUAUCCGCAGCGCCUGGAAAGAAGAUAUCCACGCUUCAGCAGCUGAUCUUGUUUACGGCGAGCCCCUACGCUUACCUGGCGAGUUCCUUGCCCCAACGUCAUCCGACAUCAUCGACUACACCGACUUCGUGGCACGACUUCGUCUUCAUAUGGCAAAACUGUCACCACAGCCUACUAGUCGACAUGGCGACAAACCAUUCUACAUUCCGAAAGCUUUAGAGACUGCUGAUUACGUCUUUCUGAGACAAGAUGGUUACCGACAUCCACUAGAGUCACCAUACACUGGACCACACAAGGUGCUGGAACGCGGUACGAAGACAUUUCGGAUUGCAGUCCACGGCCACAAUACAACUGUAACUAUAAAUCGUUUGAAACCAGCUUACGUUGCUCAAAAGGGAGAAGCAGAUGUCGCUUUGAAGACCGCUAUCACUCCACCCCUGGUAGCUAAGAUGCCAUCACCUGUGACAGCAGAGAAGCCUACACCACCACCUCAACAAGUCAGACAAACUAGAUCUGGACGCCGAGUACACUUUCCCAAGCACUAUCGACCUUAG